GGGUUUUGUGCCUGGUGUCAUAGUUGAACGUUGUUGGUAUUUUUGCGCGUGAACAAAAGUGAAAUAAUCAUUUAAUAAGUGUAAUAACGGUUAAGCUAAUUAAAAAUUCGACAGUGAAUAUUGUGCUAGAUGUGCUAAACACUUAAGUAAAUACAACCGAAAUACUGCCAAGCUAACGGAUAUAUAUAGUUAACGGCAUUGGAAUUAGCAACGGCAACAUGUUGCUGCCGUCGCUAAUGUGUCUGCCGCUGCUGCUGCUCUGUGGCUGCGGCUGCCUGGCCGGCGCACAGCUGCUGAAUCAUCCGCCGCACUUUGUGCCCAGCUCGGGCGACAUGUCCCGCUUCAGCCUGUCGGAGCACACGCCAGUGGGCAGCCCCGUCUAUCAACUGAAAGGCAUCGACCCGGAGGGUGGACGACUUAAGUACAGCAUAUCUGGGCCAGUUUUCUCGGUGGAUCGUGAGACGGGCGUGGUGCGGCUGCGCCAGGAACUGGAUCGCGAGACCCAAGAUACCGUUGAGGUGAUUAUCAGCAUCACCGACGAGGGCGUCUAUGGCACAGAGCCGAACACGGUGUCCCAGCGCCGGGAGAUUCCGGUACGCGACUACAACGACAACCAGCCCACAUUCCUCGGUCGUCCCUAUACGGCCAGCGUGAGCGAGUCCCUGCCCGUGGGCUCCGAGCUGACCGUGGAGCCACCGAUCAUAGUUGUGGAUCGCGAUGAAGGACUGAAUGCGGAGGUGCAGAUCAAGUGUGUGCAGGAGAACGACAUUUGCGACAUCUUUGAGGUGCGCGCUGUCAAGCUGAGCGAUGGUAACUUUACCGCGAGGGUUGCUCUAAAACAAGCUCUAGAUUUCGAAAGCCGUCCCUCGUACAUCAUGUCGAUCUCAGCCUCGGAUAGUGCCAUAGAGAACCGCCUCACCUCAUUCGCCACUGUUUCCAUAAAUGUCAUCGAUGUGCAGGAUCAGGCGCCCGUCUUCACCAAUGCCCCCUACUCCGCCACUGUGGCCGAGAAUACGCCCGCCGGCGUGAGCAUAUUGACCGUGAAGGCAAUCGAUGGCGAUGUGGGCAUACCAAGGGAUAUCUUCCUCUCGCUGGAGGACGAGCCCUUCGGGCACUUCGAGCUGGUGCCCUUUGGCGAUGCCAAGGAGGGCACGGCUAUACUGCAGACCACAAGCGAGCCGCUGGAUCGUGAGAAUCCAGAUAUACUGCAGAAUGGAGGCGUCUAUGUCUUCUCCAUAAGAGCGACCGAGCUCAUAGACGGCGCCAUACCCGCCGAGUUCUCGGUGACUCGAGUGACCAUCGUUGUAACCGACGUGGACGAUCACCGGCCAGAGUUCAGUGCCUCGCACUUCAACAUUUCAAUUGCCGAGAACCUGGCGAAUGGGAUGCCUCUGCCGGGCCUCUCCAUAUUCGUGGAUGAUCGUGACAUGGGCGAGAACAGCCGCUAUCAGCUCAAGCUGCAGGACGUCUCCAAGGCAGCUGGCGUAUUCGCCGUAUCGCCCACAGAAGGGCAGGGCCGAACACCUGUCGUGGUCAAAGUGCUCGAUGCCAGCCAGCUGGACUAUGACAAUCCCGCGCAGCGCAAAUUCGAGUUCGAGUUGGUGGCCACGACCCACGGCGUGGAGCAGGCAAAGGCUCGCGUGGAGGUCCACCUGCUGGAUGCGAACGAUAAUGCGCCCGUGUUUCGCCAGCAGACGUAUCGCUUCACAGCUCCCGAGAAUCUGACGAGCGACUCCCUGGUGGGCAUUGUGAAUGCCACCGAUGCCGAUUCAGCCCAGUUUGGCCACGUGCAGUAUGUGCUCAAGGGCUUUGGCGCCGACAACUUCUACAUUGAUCCAGAGACCGGGGGCAUCUAUCUGCUCCGAGCCCUGGACUAUGAGAAGCAAAGCACCUAUAGCCUGACCGUGGUCGCUGUCGACGGCGGCGGUCGCGAAUCGAAUGCCAAUCUCUACGUGGACGUGCUCGAUGUGAACGACAAUCAUCCGCGCUUCGAGAGCAACGAGUACAGCCGCACGAUCCGAGAGGGCGCCUCCAUCUUCGAGCCGCAGUUCUUUGUGCGCGCCCACGACGCAGACGGACCCAGCCAGGGAAACGGCAGGGUGAAGUACGCCAUUGUCUCGGAGAACAGCAUAGCUGGCAAUGUGUUCCGCAUUGAGCCAGACACGGGCGAAAUAACGCUGCAGAAGGCAGCCAGAUCCAUGGACACGGAGCGUGGCGAAUACGAGCUGGUCGUGUCUGCCACAGAUUUUGGCAUUCCCCCACUGUCUAAUACCACACGUGUUCUGAUACGCGUUGGCAUCUCCGGCAAUCAGCGACCCAUUUUCAAGGGUCACUUCCAGAAUGUGGAGAACCUGCCAGUGAUUGGCCCGCCCAGCUAUCGCGUGUCCAUACCAGAGAACGCUGCUCCAGGCUACAAUGUGACGACAGUCUCUGCGCACGAUCCGGACGGCCUGGACAGCCUGCUCCGAUAUCGCAUUGUGGGCGCCAACGACAACUUCCAGAUCAAUGAGUUCUCCGGCCAGAUCACAGUGUCGCCUCAAGCGCGCAUUGAUCGCGAUUUGAACAUGAAUAGCUUUGAGAUCAUUGUGAAUGCCGUGGACUCUGGCACGCCCAUACCGGAAACGGCAACCACAACGGUCUACGUGAAUGUGAAGGACAUCAAUGAUGAGAAGCCCAAGUUCGAGCAGAACAGCUAUGCCGCCUAUGUCUCCGAGCGCACAGUUGUUGGCGAGAGCGUGCUGCGAGUCAAGGCUAUCGAUAAGGAUCUCAAUUCGCGGCUGGAGUACAGUCUCCAGGGACCCGUUCAAGCCACCACCAAGGCGGGCGUGAGCAUAGCCAAUCGCAGCAAUUAUCCCGUGCAGGAGGCCUUCCGGGUGGACAAGCAGAGCGGCGAGAUCUUUGUGAACAGCACGCUGAGACACGAUGUGGCAGCCAUCAUCAUCUUCACGGUGGCUGUGCGAGACUUGAACGCUGAGGUGGAUCCGGAGAAGCAGGUGGACACCACUGAGGUGACGGUUUAUGUGCAGUCCUUCAAGGACAAGGAUCCUGUGUUCAAGAAUCCGGGCUGGAGUAGCUCCCGCCCCGUUGUCAAUGUCAAGAUCAAAGAGGAAAUGCCCAUAGACAGCGCGCUAUUCAUACUGCAAGCCGAGGAUCCGGUUACCGAGCAGCCCAUAACCAGCUUUGAGCUAGUCACACCCAAGGAGCUGGAGUACUUCCACAUCUCGGAGCGCACAGGCGAGGUGAUUCUGAAGAAGCGCUUGGACUACGAGGCGCUGGCGGAGUCGGGCAGCGCAGAGUUCGAGCUGCAGGUGCGUGCGAACAGCGCCGAUCGCCAGCGCAGCACCAUCAGCCGGGUGAACAUCACAGUCGAGAAUGUGAACGACAACAGUCCGAUCUUCGAUCAGAGCUCCUACCAUGCCACCAUCAUUGAGAACAAGGGCCACCCGGAGCCGGUGCUGCAGGUGAGGGCGCAGGACAAGGAUGCCGCCCUCAAUGCACGCGAUGAACGUUUGGGCUAUCACAAGAUCAUCUACUCGCUGCAGGGCGAGCACGCAAUGCUCUUCGAGAUCAACAACCUAACCGGACAGAUCAUUGUGGCUCGCAAUCAAACCAUCGAUCGAGAGCGCACGCCCUCCAUUCGCCUGCAAGUGAAGGCGGAGGACUCGCCGGGCAAGCCCACUGAUGCCAAGCAAAGCGUUGUGGAGCUGCUGAUCGAUGUGCUGGACGUGAAUGACAAUGCACCCGAGUUUACCAAGAAGGUUUACAGCGCCGUCAUACCGGAGAAUGCUCUCAAGAUGGAGACUGUCCUGCAGCUGGAAGCCACCGAUGCGGACGAAGGACCUGGCGGCGAAGUGCGCUACGAGCUGGUCAAUGAAGGCGAUGCCAAUGGACUGUUCAGCGUGAAUGCCCAGAACGGACUGUUGACCACACGCCGCAACCUGACGGGCAAGGGCCGUGCCGAGGCCUAUGUGCUGAUCGUGCGCGCCCAGGACAAUGGCAGUCAGGUGCCCAAGCAGUCCAGCCUGUCCACAGAUGCCGAGGUGCGCAUAUUUAUUGGCGAUGUGAGCGCCAACGAUGGUGUGCCAUACUUUGUGGCGCCUCGAGUGGGUCAAAUGGCAAAUGUGACAGAGAAUGCGGCAGUCGGUGCUCCGGUCUUUCAGGUGAUUGCCUCGGAUCCGGAUGAUGACAGCACGCCCUCCGGCACCAUCACCUACCGCAUAUUGCCCGACACACCCGACGCUGAGUCCUUUGCCAUAGACACGCACACGGGCCUGAUAACCACACGAGAGGAGCUGGAUCGCGAAGAGAAGUCCAUGUACAAGGUGCUGCUGGAGGUCAGCGACAAUGGACAGCCCAAGCAGUCGGUGACGCGCAUACUGAAGAUCGAGGUGCUCGACGUGGACGAUCAUGUGCCCCGAUUUGCCAGAGAGAUUGAUGCGGGACCGAUACCCAUGCACGUGGCCGAGGAGCAGCCAGCGGGCACAAUUGUGGGCAACUUCAGCGCCAUUGACGAGGACAUUGGCGAGAAUGCGGCGAUUGACUAUGCCAUCAUCGAGGGCAACAACGAGCAGCUCUUCACCAUCGAGCGGGAUAACAACAGCCUGGCCAUAUUGAAGACCAGCCAGCCCAUUGAUCGCGAGCAGGUGGAGUCCUUUACGCUGACUAUCAAGUGCCUGAAGCUGGGCGAGCCGGCGUACAAGUAUAUAGGCGAUGCUUACGACCGGCAGGAUCCCUCGCAUCUGCGCAUCACCGUGCGGAUUCUCGACCUUGAUGACAAUCUGCCCAAGUUCGAGAAUCCCGACUCCACGGUGGGCAUACGCAUCAAUGUGCCCAUCGACACGGUGAUUACCACGCUGCGUGCCACCGACGCGGAUGCCGAGGCAGCGCCCAUCGCGCUCUCCAUCAAGAACGUGACGUUCGUGCCGCAGUUCUACAAGCGCAGCCGGAAACUGGCCACGGGCAACCUGCAAACGCUGUUCACCCUCAACAACCGGACGGGUGAGCUGCGCACGGGCGGCUCCUUUGCCGACUACGUGGACGGCUAUUUCCAGAUGCGCAUCUGCGCCAACAACUCGGCGAAGGCCAAGCGGCAGACGUACAGCAACAUCAAAGUGUUCGUCAUACGGGACAAGUCGCUGCUGAAGUUUGUCUUCGCACGGCCGCCGAACGAGAUUCAGCACAACAUACGACCCUUCCAGGAGCAGCUGCAGAAGAAGCUGAAGCCGCUGGGCCUGGAGCUGCACGUGCUGGACACGCAGGUGUUCACGCGCGCGGACAUGAGCCUGGACUUUACGGCGACCAGCUCGUGCUUCCAGAUGUUCCGCAACGGCGCCGCAUUGUCGCUGAGCGAAAUGCAGAAGCUGAUGAACUCCAAGGAGCUGCGACACGAGCUCAUCGACAUCUAUGCGGCGUACGGCGUGAGCGAUUUGGAGUCCUGCUCGGUGCGACGCACCCACACGGCGGCUCUCUUUGGCAAUCUGCUAAUGUCGGCGGGCGCCUGGCUGGUCAUACUGGCGGCACUCAUAGGCAUCGCGGCGCUGGUCUCGCUCUGCACCGCCUGUUGCCUGAGAAAGAAAUUCAAGCGCUAUAGCAAACGCAGUCUGCAGGCAAGUCUGCGCACGCCCACAGAGCAUACGCCCACCUCGUAUAGCUACUCAAUGCCCGCCGUGCUCUACUCGGAGCCCAUCUAUGGACCCUUGUAGCCCCCACUCAUAUUCUGCACGGCCAGCCGGCGGCAAUACUGAACAACUCAAUUCUAGUAAAUUAGUGCUCAAGACUCGAGACCCAAGCCACGCCUGACCAUAUGAUCUAUAGGUAGAGCUCAGAGCGGCUUGGGCAGAGCGGGUCCCAAACAGUCCAUACAUAAGCAUAAGCAUAAGCACACUAUGCAUGUGAUCUAGUAUGUACAUAAUAUACGACUAUGUAUAGAGUAUAUAGAGUACAUCUGUGUAAUAUUAACUACUGUAUAAACUCGUCGACAGCGAAACUUUUAGGCUUAAGUUCUCUUAUAAACUAGCAAAAGCGAAUCGAAAGUCAUUUUAAUUUUAUGUGUGUCAUCUGCUGAAGAGAUUUAUGCAGCGCCUGAA